CUCUUCGGGUCCGUUGGUCUUUGUCCCGUGAACUGGCACGGGGACUAAAAUUCAGGACAGAAAACCGUCUUGUCUGGUUAGUCGUGGAAGCUGGUGGCGGAGAACGCGUUAGCCGGUGAUCGGGAGUCGAUCUUCGCAAGGUGUGGCGGUUCGUCCGAAAGAGAGAGGAAAGAAGAUCGGGGCCCGUUUCGACGGGCAUUCGAGAGGGGCAAAGGACAGACAUAACCUCGACUCGAGUCUUGCCUGUCUUUCUCUUUCUCUUUCGCUCACUCUCUCUCGUUCGCGUUUCACUCGAACUCUUCGCGGAGGAUCUCCACCGUGGAGUCAGUAUCCCGUGAUGGUCAGGUACGCGCGAAACCACUCGCGUCGCGUCGUUGACGAGUGAACUCUCCUUCGAGUGACGCCGCCUCAGUUGUUUUUCUUCUCUCCUCGAAUUGUCUUCGAAACGGGCCUCGUUUUCGUUCGGUACGUUAAGGAGACGAGCGAGCGAGCAAAAGUGCAUCGGAGCCGCGAGCAGCUGUCAGAUCGAGCUAGCUCGCUCGUUUUGCCCAUGGUGUGCAACGCGUAAUAUAGACGGUGUGCAUGCUCCAACUACACGGUACGUGGCUCGUACGUACCGUACAACUUGUUCCUCUGUUCUUCGCCCAAACUCGACUGCCCGUUUACCCGGAGAUUCCGCUUCGUUCCUGCUUGCUUCGAAAAUCGCCUCGAGCGCUCACCUUCCACGGAUCCAUCCCCUGCCGCAUACAGUGAGUGAUGGCCCUGCGUCUGAGGAGCAGCAAGGAUGUCAAGAAGAGCUCGUACUACGUUUGGUACCUGGGUGCGAGGGAGGCCAAGGGGGUGGACGCGAUGCCCGGUGCCAUAGCUUACCUGCUCGAACGAGAACGGCUUCAAGAACCUUUCAAGGUCACGCUACAGGUGAGCAGUAAGGGGCUGAAGAUUAUACAGACGGUUCAUCCAGGCGGUUCGACGAGGUCAGCCGUGAAACAUCUAGUACCAGGACACGCUGUGCUCGCGGCCGUGCAACGAGAGGACGUCGUUGCCGCUACUCUUCUGCUCCCAAAUCCGGCCACCAACAAUCCUGUCCACGUACACGUGUACAGAUGCGACUCCGUCGAGACGGCGGAAUUGUUGGGCGGCCAGUUGAAAGCACUCGCGUCACACACCGACAAUUUGGCCAGGGUCAACUCGUUGGAAGGCAGAGUUCGCAGUAAUUUGGGCAGCGACGGUCGAAGUACCAGGGAAUCGGAGUCGUCCGAAGGUAGCGGUGAGCUCAGACACGAUCCUGUUCAGACGACCACGAUAUACGAGUCCUUGGCUGCGGAAUUGCGGGCUAAGUUAGGUAGAGGAAAUUCAGGGGACAACGACGUUGGUCCGAUACUUCUACCACCACGGGAUUACGAUACCGUCCACAGACACCGUGGUAAUCUGGCUGGCAUCGAAUUCAGACGUUGCCUGAAUCAAACGAUCGUAGGUGGUAGUACGACGAUUGACAGAGGCGGCACGAGAAGCGCUGCCAGCAGUGGAAUAGGCUCGGACAGCGCUGCUACGCCCCCGCCUUAUCAGAAUCAUCAUCCUUUGGGUCCAAGACCAUCCAGACCUUCUAGAGAUUCAUCCUCCGACGACGACUGGGGAGCACCGGCAGAAGAGAACGACUAUCUCCCCGAAUCGGAGACAACAGGAACGAGUUUAACCUUACCGAGAUUGCCCAGAAGUCCCGAGAGAUUACCAGUUCAGGUGAACAGAGGUAUCUCGCCGAGUUGCAACAGAAGUCGUAGAGCGGCAGAAUUUAGACAAAGAUCGCCGAGUCCUCAAUACCAGCCUAGAGUGAGUCCUGGAGAGGUGACCAGUCCUAGAGAAAGAUUCCAGGAUGCCAAGGAGAUGUUCAGAGCUAUGGAGAGAGAGGCGAUCGCCAGGCCUGUUCUUUCGAGGCAGAGAGACGUUGAAAGUCAUCCUGCUCACAGGAUCGAAUCGUCCAGGCACGCUCACGAGGAUCAACCGGCUCGUCAGCAUCCAGCGAGCAUCAGUUCAACGACUGUCCAUGAACACCUGAUCAGACGAAAUCAUUCGGAAGUAUCGGAACGGGAGAACGAUAUUUCUUACAGAGCUCGACCACGGCCACGAACCCAUCAUUAUGCGAUGGAACGCCCACCAGAACAAGAGGUCUCGAGGCCUCGGCCAAGAAGCUUGUACGAAAACCCAACGGUUGGAAGAGAUUUCCGAGAUCAAAGGAACGUCGCUGAUCCGAGAGAAGUUCGAGACUUCCGAGACCGUGCACACGUGAGAGAAAUACGCGAGAAGAUACGCGCCAGGGCAACGACUUAUCAAGAGCUGUCCGAACACGAGAGAUACCCAGGACUCGAUCGCGACAGUGCCAGACCUCCUCUGGAAAUCGUGCCCACGCCGAGCAGAUACCGACACAGCUACGCAGAACCUCCUAGACUCGGUCUGGCUGCUCUUCAUCCUUACUGAGCCACCGGCUCGUUGUUGACUAAUAAAUUAUUUAAUUAAUCGACGUAUCGUUAUCGUAUCACGACUGCGACUAAGCAAAGGGUCGACGUUUGGCUGUCGCUGAUAGCCAUUCAUUUUUGCAACUCUUCGAAUAUCAAGCAUGACAUUUGGCGAUCUAUUUUGAGAGAUUCGACGCAAACUUUAAAGCUGCUGUAUUGAAACCCAGCUGUUAGCGAGGGUUUCCAAGUUGAAUUGGGAAAGAAAAUUGUUAAAAAUUUUCCUUCGGUCAAACAUUCUUUUGUACCGUUUCUGGAUAAUACUCUUCGAUCGAGAUUUAAUGUAGGAUUAAGACUUUUGCGUUGAUUAGUCAAUUUUAAUUCUAAAGUUAGACGACUUCGAGAUUUUCUUUUCGAUGCAAUGAAUGACUCGUAUCGCUGAGGAUUCACACGUUAUUUUCUAAUUUGCUACUUUAAACUAUUACUUUAAUAUAAAAAAAAAUGAAAAUCAUGAUCGCAGUCGUAUCGACGAUGCCAUUAACUGUUGCAACAACGCUCACGACAGUAAAUUUAAAUUAACUUUAAAAAAGUGAAGAAUGGAAUUCUUUGGGAAUCUUGUAUUUUUUCAGGGGAUAAAAUCACGCUCAUAAAUGAGCACUUUAGGUUUUAUGACCAAGAUUCUUGUCCGACAAAGUUCCAAGUAUCCUUGGAAAUUCAAGGAUCGAGGAUUUUUUCGUACGCCGAUGUCGUCGGCCCUGAGCAACCCAAGACGAAUAAAGAUUGAACCUUUAUUAUUCUUCUUGCAUUUACAAAGCUGCGUUUCGUUGCAUCGUGGACCAAGAUCCUCGAGUCGAGGAUCGCUUUGUUGACUAUUGAUCGCGACUCCGAGCAUUAUAUUGUUAUCCGUCGGAUUGCAGACUAACGAUAAUGAUAGGAUAAUAACAGCAAUAACACUGACAAUAAUAAUAACAAUAAUAACGGUUAAUAAC